UAAUAGUUGUAAGUUGUAACAUUAACCUUUAAAAAAAAAAAAGAAAAAAAAAACUCAUUUGGAAAUCUUGGCAUUGGGGACCCCACUUUUGAAUCCAACAAAUCCCUCCCUCCCACUGUGCUUAAGUUUCAUUCGUCACCCCUGUGUAUGUGUGUGUUUGUACAGUGUACAUAGUUUUAUGCCAUUCUAGUGAAACAGCCAUCUCCUAGUUCCUAAAGGUAGUACUUUUCUAACAGGAGGAAAAAUGGAUUCAAGAACUUGUCUUGAUUAUGCUUUGUUUCAGCUCACACCAACUAGAACCAGAUGUGAUCUUGUCAUCUUUGCUGGCAAAGAAAACGAGAAAUUGGCUUCUGGGCUUCUUCAACCCUUCAUUUCUCACCUCAAAUCCGCUAAAGACCAGAUUUCCAGAGGCGGCUACUCCAUUACUCUUCGUCCUUCCACUCCUUAUGCUUCCUGGUUCACCAAAGCUACAUUAGAAAGGUUUGUUAAAUUUGUAACUACUCCAGAAGUUCUCGAGAGAUUUGUUACGAUUGAGCAAGAGAUCAUGCAGAUUGAGAAUGAACAGGCUAGUAUGGCAUCUCAGGUAGAAGGUGAAUUCAAUAAUGGAGCUGGUGAUACAGCUGAGGAAGAAAAUCCAAAGGUUCGUCUUCAACGCACUCUGGAAACUCGGAAAGCAGUUCUUAAGAAAGAGCAAGCCAUGGCUUAUGCUCGCGCUCUGGUAUCAGGAUUCGAGAUGGACUACUUAGAUGACCUCAUUACAUUUGCCAAUGCUUUUGGAGCUCUGCGUUUAAGGGAAGCAUGCAUUAAUUUCUUGGAACUGUGCAAUAAAAAGAGCAAUGAUGGGAUCUGGUUGGAUGAAGUGGCUGCAAUGCAGGCCUGCACUCCUUCAGAAUUUUCAUAUUUUGAGAAAUCGGGCAUCGCUCUUGCUGGUGAAGAUAAGUUUUAUAAUCAAGAUGCCAUGGUGAACUUUCGGAAUGUAUCCCCGCCUAAGUCAACAAUAAGCCAUGGAAGUUCAGAUACUCACCAAGAUAAUAGUUUGCCAUCAGCAACUCAAAUCCAACCAAAUGAUGGGAAAGCCCAAGUACCAACCUGGCCACACCAUUUUCCACAUUAUAUGCAAAAUUUCCAUGGUCCAGGGUUCCCACAAAUGCCCCCAUUUCCAGGCUACAAUUUUCCAGGAAUGCAGGUGCCACCCUCUUACUUUCCUGGAAAUGUGCCAUGGCACCCGAAUGCAGGUGAUUCCAGUCGAAGUCUUGAUCACGAACCAGAUGAAAGUUCGUUUUCCAAAAGUAAAAAAGGAAAGAAUUCAAAAGAAAACGAUAGUAGGAAUGAAAACACUGACAUGAGCUCUGGAAGUGAUUCAGAUGACUAUGUGGAGCACAAAGAAAGGCAUUCUUCGAAGCAGAGGAAAGGUUCGUCGAGAAAAGUUGUCAUUCGCAACAUAAACUACAUAGCUUCGAAGAGAUAUGAAGAUGGAGAUGAUAGUUCUGGAGAUUCUUCGUCUGAAGAUGAAGAUUAUACCAAAGGGCAGGUAGAGCAAGCCAUUGCAGCGUUUGAGAAGUCCCGCAAUAUAACAUCUCACAGCAAAAAGAAGAAAGACAGAAAGAAGAGAAAUGGCAGUGAGAGUAAAGAGGGAAUUGAGAAUGAAGUCACGGGGAAUGCUGAAAAAGAAAACAUGAACAAAAGCUGGGAUAUGUUUCAGAACCUUCUUAUGCAAAACGCAGAUUCAAGCCCCAAUGAUGCUGCAAGGAAUCAGGACGAGCACUUUAAAACUAAGAUCUUAGGGGAAGAUGAGUUAUCUGCAAUUGAUUCUCACCCUCAACCAGGGAGAUUACCAAAGCAACAUGGUCUAUCAAAUGAUUCCUUCGUUGCAAUUGCAAGAGACAUAAACAAUGAAGAAAAUUUGCGUAUGCAAAAUUUGGGUGCAGGAGAAUCUGUUCAUCCAGUUAACAGAAAAGAACUUACCAACGAGGAGAUGUUAUUUUCAAAAAGAUUUCAAGAAGUGAAUGGCUACUCUCGGGCGACCUUAUCUGGUGAUGCCACUGAUUCAGUGGUCAUUAGGAGGCAAAAUGAGGGAGAUUGGUUCCUAAGCAACCAGAAAGACAAAUCAGCUAACCAUGGAUUCAGUACAGACCACAGCUUCUUUGAUGGCGAUAAUAUUCCAACAUCUAUUGGAGAUCAUGCCAACGAAAAAAAUAAAAGAGAUGUUCUCUUUGAUGAAUCUAUGAUGGUUCAAGCUCGUCCUUUCGAAAACCUAUCUGAUUCUCAACCAAAGGAUGACAUUUUUCUGGUUUCAGAUAUUGUUGGAGCUAGCCAACCUAACCAUAAGAUGCCAGAUCAUGUAGAAACGGCCAAUGUGAAUGAACCAGAUGAUCUCUGCAUGGUGCUUGAGCGAGAUUUAGCUGAUCAAGUUGAGGCCUCAUGGAAUCCAGAAAUGGAUUAUGCAAAUGAUGUUUCAUUGAAUGAAUCUCUUACGAGGCAACAAACUGAUUCUGUUGAUACGAAGCUGCCUCAAAACGGUAAAGCUCCCAAUACAAAAAGUAGUAAGGGGCCGGGAGUAAAAGCAGCUAGGAAACAAACAUAUUCUAGAACUCCAGUUGGGUCUCCUGCAAGGAGCAAAGCUGAGAUCCCUUCAAGGGUUAAGAAAUCGCCUUCUGGAAGUAUAACACCAAAAAGCAAAGCUGAGAAGGAUGAAGAGAACAGGAAAAGAAUGGAAGAACUAGCAUUGCAGCGUCAGAGAAGGAUUGCGGAGAGAAGUUCUGGUACUGGUGCUAAAGCCCCAAUCUCGAAGAAAAUCACAAAAGAGAGCAAACCAGCCACCUCUGUUAAAGUUGAGAAGCCGAAACUUAAAGCCUCAACACAGGCAACAGAGAAAUUACAGAAGCCAGUUAUUAAGAGUUCUACUAUAGACCGCCUCUCAGCUGCCCGGAGAACCCCCGUGCCACCAUCUGCAGAGUCAAAAACCAAUCCAAGUAGGAAAAAAAUCACAAAGGCUGCUCCCUCGUUACAGAAGCCUGCUGCUGUUGAGAAGAAAAAAGGCAUGCAAAAGGCGAAGCCUUCAGUUAGUAGCUCAACAAAUGAUGAGUCGACUAUGGUUUCUGCUGCAUCUGAGGUUCAAAUAAAGGAGUGUAGCACUGAAAGCAUCAAGGAGCUACACAGUGUAUCUUCAAUCGAGAAAAACGAGACAUGUAUAAUUCCAUGUGAAGAUACUAUGAUCAACAAGAACAAUGAUCAGAUACCAAAUGGAAGCAUCUCUGUGCUUACUGAAGAUCAAUCUGUAGAGUCUGCACUUAAAGAUGCCUCGCCCCUCAAUCCUCUUAGCUCUGCAGCAUCAGAAAUGUACAAGAGCAGCAAUACAAGUGUGAAGUCUCCUGUCCACCCUGAAAUUUCUCCACCCGAAUUAUCCACCCCACCACCACACGACGAAGUGAAUCUUGAAACACUUCAGGCAAGGAAGAAAUGGAUCGGUGAUGAACACUCUCCGAAAAUUGCUAAGGGAAUUAGAAAGUUUCUAUUGUUUGGCCGUAAAAGCUAAGUCCUUUGAUCUGCUUCUCAUACAGUAAGUGGCAUCUCUUCAUUCUGUGCCAAAAUUUUCUGCAACAUUAAGUCAUGAACUUUUGAGUAACAGAAACGAAAGAUGGGAUAUAAGCUACAAAUUUCAUGCUUGAUAAGGCUAUAGAUGUAGAUGUUGCUGCAAUAAUGAAGAUUGGUUUUUUGUUCAUUUGAGGAUCCCCAAGGUAGCUGAAAAUAGGUGGAGCUUUCUGUCUCGUGUUGCCCGUGAUUUUGAUAUGAUAAUCUUAUGAACUAUGCCAUAAAAAAACAUUGGAUGAUGGUAUGUAAUUACUACCCAAGUCCAGUCCAUGCUGGUUUUCUUUUUUCCUUUUAAAAAAUUGUUGCCAUUUGAUUGAUGGAAUGAUUUUGUGUGCACCCUGAAAUUAUGUAAUGAUUCUUUGUGAUUGAAUUCUUGUUUGCUUGAAGGAGAUCCUUCCAUGUA